CGACUGUCUUCCUACGGUUGCCACUAUCCAGCGUGGUUUACACGGACAAGCUUGACGAUCGAGCCAUAACAAGCCAUGCGACCUCGUACCUACUAUGUAGGUAUCACCUGUCAGAUGUAUGGCGAAUAAGAUGACAUUACUUUCCUCGGUUUCCCUCGCAUCUAUCUGCCUUGGACCUGUGACGGAUACGCUAUUCGCAUACACUGUAUGGCUUGGCCACUAUCGAGUGACAACUACUCUUAAGGAACUGGAUCCUGUCCAAUUCUCCUCUAUGCUAUCGCAAGAGCCGAUUCGUUAGUUGAACCGAACUCCUAGGCUGUUAGCUUAGUAGGCUCUGCAGUCGACUCUUUAAUGUGUCAGGUUAGAGCCUUUGCUACCAUGAUCCGUUCAAUCUGGAAAGUGGACGUAUAAUGGAUUGAGGUGAAGACCCUUCGACCCCAGGUUUAGUUAGUAUCAUAUCUUUUCAAGGUUCCACGGUACCCGCGCAGCAUCUAGAUAACGAUUAUACUG